UUACUAGAUAAUUGACAAUGUUAUGUAUAUAUAAACUUACCACUCACGAUCAUAUUCGUGUAAUUAAGCUAUGUACUAUUCAUUUAAGCACUUUGUAAUUCGCAUUGUUGAGGCGAAGCUUUCAAAUUCCCGGGUUUGACUUUGACAGCCAUAGAGACAUGGACAUGGACGUGGCCAGUUUUCAGAAAUGAUGGCGUCGAGCGAUGCGUUCGAAGGAAGGUUUGGCAAUACUUGCCGACUUUGCCUUAAGCAAGAGGGAAUUAUGUCCUCUCUGUUCGAGGCAACAAGUCCAGAGGAUGAUAGCAUGUUUUUGGUACAAAAAGUAACGUCCAUCGCGCCGGUUCAGAUCGAACGAGACGAUGGAUUACCGGAGUGGAUAUGUCUCAGUUGUCAACAACAGGUGGAAAAGUUGUACAAUUUUCGUAUUCUUGUUGAAAUCUCGGAUCGCACCCUGCGCUCCUGUUUACAAAGUUCACAGACUUCUUUUCAGGAUGGAAAGAUUAAGCUUGAAAGUCUUAACAAUGAGAAUGUUAUAGAAUAUAAAGAGUUCUCGAUGGACAGUAAUAUGCUGGACAGCGAUGUUGAUCUUUCACAAGUUAAUGCUAUAUUUGUACAAACGGAAGAUGGUAUUCAGGUGUGGAAGAUAUGUAAGGUCAGUGGACAGGAAGAUGAAGAAGGUGAAGAAAUAUCAGGAGUUGUUGAAGAAAAUUUAGGCGGCAGUAAUGCUCCGGAAUGUCCUAAGGAAGUGAGCGACUCUGAAAUUGAUGAUUUACAGGGAAUUCAGCGUUUUUUAAAGAAAGAAAAAAUGAAUGUCGAAGAUCUUCAGACCCAAGUGAAACAAAUAUUUACUUGUCAAUAUUGUGACAGUUUAUUUCUUACAAGUGAUGAUCUUGUGGAGCAUUUGGAGAUACAUGAACAAGAAACUGAGAAUGCAGAAUGUAAUGAUACUAAUAAUGAUAUGAGCUGUCAGUUAUGCCUUAAGCCGUUUCAAUCAUUAUCAGAAUUAAAGGUACAUAUCUCAGAACACUUCUUAAAUGGUCGUACAAAAUCUGAAUCAAACGCACAGCAAGACUUGAAUGAAAAUAACACAUCACAUCCAACUCUCAUCGCUGUUGACAGUAUAAGAGAAAAUGAAAUAACCGAUGAUAACGAAGCUCGUAAUCGUUUAUUCAUAUGCAUUGACUGUCAUGAAGUAUUUCCUCAAGAGGAAGAUUUCCUGUUUCAUCGGAAUAAGCACUUAACUACUUCAGGAAAGGCAUUUAAGUGCAAAUACUGUGCCAAAUUAUUUUCUCGAAUCAGUUCAAAACAUUAUCAUGAGCAAACUCACUCUGGAGGAAAAAAGUAUAUAUGCGUAGUAUGUGGAAAAUGUUUUUCAAAGAAGACCGAAUUAAAAUACCAUGAAGGUACUCACGUGAAUACACCAUCGAUAUGUACAGUUUGCAAUAAGCACUUCCUAAACGUGCAAUCAUUCAAGAUGCAUAUGAAGAGGCAUAUACUCGGCAGUCGAUACAAUUGCCAAACAUGUGGCAAAAGUUAUUACACCAAUGCAGAGCUUUCGAGACAUCUUCAAAAACACUCAGGCAAGCGUCGGUAUCCCUGUCACUUAUGUGAGAUGUCGUUUCUCUCUCAGCCAGAAUUAAACAGACAUUUAAAAUAUCAUAAUGGUGAGAAGAAGUUUAAGUGUAAAAUAUGCGCCAAGUCUUACUUUGAGUCUGGUCACUUGAAAGUUCACCAAAGGGUUCACACUGGUGAAAAACCUUUUGUAUGUACGGUGUGUAAUAAGGCCUUCAUCACCAAGUCAAAGCUUGUAAGGCAUGCGAAGAUUCACUCUAAAGAGCAGAUUAUUGUCUGUGAUAUAUUUCCAAUACAGGAAAAGGAGGGUGAGACUGUACCAAUAUUUUCUAACAUCGGUACAUAAGUAGACUUUAAAUUACAGAAUUAUUUGUAUUCAUUAGAUGAAUCCUUCAUGUAGAUGAUACAAAAUGUUAGAAAUUCUUUAAAAAUAGAUUAAAAUGAAAUCACACUUGUAUGUAUGUUUGUAUAUUGCUGUGUAACAGGAUUCACUGGGAAAUUAUAAAUGGUGGAGUUUAAAUGAUAUUCUAUAUCAAAUAUCGGAGUGUACAUGAUGUAUGUCAAACAUCGGAUGGGAGGAUUUUAUAAAAAUGUUUGUCAAAUGUCACCGUGGUUUCACGCUACUGUGAUUUUGUAUGCACUGUAAUAAAUUAUCAGCAUAUAUUGUUAUUCAGUCUCUCUGAAUUACGUCACGUCCGUUUAUUACAAAAAUGACCAUGGACAUUUAUUCAUAAACCGGUAUCGAGGUAAUAGACAGUCUCCACUCGUGCGACAGUUUUAUCUAUUACGAAGUAAUUCAAAUAAAAGGGAGCAAAACACAGCGAGUUGGAAAUAACACAGAUAAAUAUAUAAAUUCAUUUCCGGCGGAUACGAAGCACGUCAAUCUAUCCAAAUACAUGAAUACUAAACCUAUGCAUUAUUAAAAUUCAAAAAGAUUGAUAUUA